UUCCGGGGCGGCCCGGGAGGUAGGAGUUGAGAGUUACCUGAAUCCUCUAAUUAAACCACAGCAUAAACAAUCGUAUUCUGCGAGCUGAAUUAUCCGCCUCUCUCAGGCGACAGCCUCCUAUGACAUCGGUAGGCUCAGCCGCGUCUCCAUGACAACAGGCACGCGAGGAGCUCUAGGACCCUCCCCCUUUCACCCGCGUGGAAGGGACCUUAGUACUCUGAAGAGUCUUAACAUAUUGCCUGCCGGUGCUUUGUUCUUGACCACGUUCAGAAUUUGCGUGUAGCCCUUUAAAGGCUGCCAUACGCAACGCUGUGCGACUGUGCCUGUUUAUGCAUUUAUUUGUUUUCCUAUCAGGCAUUACGGAAGACACCUGCUUCAGCUGCUGACAACUUUGCUGUGUUGAGUUGGCAUUUCGCUCGUGGCUGCCACACUACGAGAAGGGAAGAAAGGAAUAGGAGGAUCUCUGUUUUCUGGACAAACAAACGUUUGAAGAGGCUCAACAUUUAAUCCAGAGUAAGAGGAGGAAAUGACGUUCAGAAAAGUAAAUAUUUUCAUCCUAGCACUUGCUGUUGUUAUAUUUUUGCUAGUGCUGCAUCACAACAUACUGGGUCUCAGUGAUCUCUUGAAAAGAGAAUUAUCAGAUUCAAGUGCAUUAGGACUUCAGCCAAUAGAUUUUAUACCUGAGGCUCCUCAAAGAUUGACAGAGGAUUGGAAUGACAAGGAGAUUCCUGUGGUCAUUUCAGCAUCUGAUGACAGGCUUGGUGGUAUAAUUGCAGCUGUGAACAGCAUUCAGCAAAACACUAAGUCCAAUGUGGCAUUCCAUAUUGUCACAUUGAAUGACACAGUGGACCACUUGAGAUCAUGGCUUAGUAAAACUAGUCUGAAAAAUGUGAAAUACCGAAUACUGAAUUUUGACCCUCAUAUGCUGGAUGGAAAAGUGCAGCUUAACUCAGAAAUGCCAGACUCCAUUAAACCUCUAACCUUUGCAAGAUUCUAUCUGCCUAAAUGGGUCCCAAAUGCAGAAAAGGCCAUUUAUUUGGAUGAUGAUGUGAUUGUUCAAGAUGACAUCCUUGAACUUUACAACACUCCACUGCAACAGGGUCAUGCUGCUGCAUUCUCAGAAGAUUGUGACUCUACCUCAAAUAAGUUUGCAGUUCGUGGAGCAGGAAACCAGUAUAAUUACAUUGGAUUUCUUGAUUAUAAAAAAGAAACAAUUCGGAAGCUGUCCAUGAAAGCAAGCACCUGCUCUUUCAAUCCAGGUGUCUUUGUAGCAAAUCUAACAGAAUGGAAACUACAGAACAUCUCUAAGCAACUGGAGAAAUGGAUGGCACUUAAUGUUGUAGAGGAGAUAUACAGCAGGACUCUCACAGGCAGUAUCACUACACCUCCUCUGCUCAUUGUAUUUUACAAGCGACAUUCAAACAUUGAUCCUAUGUGGAAUGUGCGCCAUCUUGGUUCAAGUGCUGGCAAAAGGUACUCUCCACAGUUUGUGAAAGCUGCCAAACUACUCCAUUGGAAUGGACACUUCAAACCCUGGGGAAGGACAGCAUCUUAUGCAGAUGUUUGGGGAAAAUGGUACAUUCCUGACCCUAGCGGCAAAUUCAGCUUGAUUCGGAGGCACCCUGAUACUUACGAUGCAAAAUAGGAUUGGAAUUAUCACUUGUAUACUCUUCUCAGGAACCAUCUAACGCCACAGAGUGAAGCUGGUAAUGCUUCCACCCAGAUUGUUUUAAGAUGGAGACACAGUAACAUACUUGAAAUGCAUGCUUAAAGAGGAGGCAGCCUUGUGUAUUCCAGUGUAAGCAAAAAAAAGCUCUCAUGAACUAGCAUUUUCAACCAGAUGGGAUAUUCAAGAAUGAUCUAGGGAUAAAAAGUGUUACAAAAGAAACUACACCCAGGACUGUAUCACAACUGUAUCAUGGCAAUACUAAGUGAUUACCACGUUGUGCACAACAACAAUAUACUAAAAAGCUGCUACCACUUUUUACUGUUACUUAACCGGUGAAUAUAAGCUUUUGUGGACCUUUCUAUUGCUUGAAGACUUGUUCAAAUCCUUACAGUGAAUUUUAAGUUAUGGUUUUAUUAGUCUGUAUUUUCCAAAAACUACCCAUCAACACUAAAGCAACUUUUCUUUAAAAGUCAACUGAAGGAAACCACUCAAAUGUAUGAAUUGUGUGCAGCUCAAUCUCGUUGUCAAUUGUAGUUUACUGUUCCCUCUCAUAAAUGAACACAGGUGGUUGAGUGCCUAUCACUUUGAAAGCAAAAUGGGAUCACCAAAACAGUUUGUGGUUGCUGUGUAGUCGGGGGCUUCCUAGGUAUGCCGAUAUAUAGACAUUCGUAAAUUUAAAAGAAAAAACUGCUGCUGCCACCAAGCUAAGUACCUGUGAACAUUUAGAAUUUAAGAUGCUGAGCCAAUAAAGAAAAUCUUUGUGUA